UUCAAUUUCUGUAUGAAACAAAUCAUCUAUUGAAACAAAAAAAUUCAUCAUGCAUGGCUCAUCUAUAAAUAUCCUCACCUUCCUAGAGAAACAAAUCAUCCACUCCAAUCUCCAAAAAUGGGAAACAUAAAAUUGUCCACUUUGGUGCUAUGCUUGUUAUCUCUGUUGCUUGGUACCAUAGCAGAGCAAUGUGGUACUCAAGCAGGUGGAGCUGUGUGCCCAAACGGGUUAUGCUGCAGCAAAUACGGGUACUGCGGUAACACAGAUUCUUACUGUGGAGCUGAUUGCCAAAGCCAGUGCAAAAAAUCUGGUCCAAGUCCAACACCUUCAACCCCAACUCCAACGCCUAGUACUGGAGGAGGAGCUGGUGUUGGCAGCCUCAUUAGUUCCUCUCUUUUUAACCAAUUGCUUAAAUACCGAAAUGAUGGAAGGUGCGCCGCGAAUGGAUUCUACACAUAUGAUGCUUUCAUUACUGCUGCUCGCUCUUUCAAUGGCUUUGGCACCACCGGUGAUGACGCAACCCGCAAGAAGGAGCUUGCUGCUUUCUUGGCUCAAACUUCUCAUGAAACCACAGGAGGGUGGCCAUCUGCUCCAGAUGGUCCAUACGCGUGGGGAUACUGCUUUGUUAGUGAACGCAAUCGGGCAGAUUAUUGCGACUCCAAAGAUUGGCCAUGUACUCCUGGUAAACAGUACUAUGGCAGAGGACCAAUUCAACUCACUCACAACUACAAUUAUGGUCUAGCGGGUAAAGCCAUUCAACAAGAUUUGAUAAGCGAUCCGGAUCUAGUAUCUAGGGAUCCAAUCGUUUCAUUCAAGACAGCCAUAUGGUUUUGGAUGACCCGUCAGGCAAACAAGCCAUCAUGCCACGAUGUGAUCACUGGAAAAUGGACGCCAACUAGUGCUGAUAGUUCAGCAGGGCGGGUCCCCGGGUAUGGUGUGAUCACCAACAUAAUCAACGGCGGAGUUGAAUGCGAGAACAGGCAAAAUGAUAAGGUUCAAGAUCGGAUCGGUUUCUACAAAAGGUAUUGUCAGAUAUUCAGAGUCAGCCCCGGAGACAACUUGGAUUGCAACAACCAAAGGCCAUUUGCUUGACCAUAUUGGAGAAACUUCCUUCCUUCUUCUUCUCAAAUCUUCUCCUAGCUUCUUUGAGGCGGCUGCGUCUUUGGUGUUCCUAGUGUGGCUCCGCUUUCGGCGCCCUCCUUUUCUGACAUGAAGGCAUAUGUUGUUCUUCCAGCUACCCACCCCUCACCCAACCGAGUAGUUGACAUUCAUAUGGAAAGGUUAUCAAAUCCGUGGUAGGAGGAGUUUUCUUGGCGCGCCGCCGCUGCGCAUGUCCCGUGGUUUUUGGCUGGUGGAUUGAUGUUGUUUCUCCAAAUUAAAGUGAUGUUCAUAGGGUGAGGAGGUCGCUUUGGGUGGUUGUUGAAGAAGUGUUGUGGCCUGUCUCUCGUGGUGGAUCUCUGUUCCUCUUGAAGGUCGUUGAGGCUACGGUUACUUACCGGUCUGCAUUUUGCUUUCCUACAGGUUUGGUUAAUGGUUCUACUUGAGGGUUGUUGCUAGAGCUUAGUGUUGUUCUGGAGGCAGUGUUGGAGUUUACUAUUUUUCUUGCUCAUCUGGUCUUGUUUUUUUCCUAGCUAGUGUUUAUCUAUUUAUUGCUUGCUUAUGGGUUUUUUGGUUUGGGUCUCAGCUUUAUGGCAUUGUGGGUCUUUGUUUUUGGGUCUUGUGGUUUGCACUACCUUUGGGUGACUCUUUGUUGCAGGUGUCGUGCGACUUAUAGGACUGUACCUAUCGUUGCUUUGGACUUUAAUAGAGAUCUCUCCAAGGGGUGUAA